CAACCUUCUAAGCCUGUUUUGCUAGCCUCGUGGAGGAGACACUUUCCACCUACCUCUCUGGGAAAAGGUGAAUAGACCGAAGCUACUUGCCUUUUAUCACAUAGCUAAUAAGUUCCUGCUCUAGGAUUUGAACCUCCAUUUUCCAUCUGAUAAGCCGUUCCGAGUAAACAUGAGAGGAAGAAAAGUGGCAAAAGAUGAAGAAAAUGCCUAUGACUCAGAAGAGGAAAGGAAGUCCCUACAAGAGACCAAGCUGAGGUUAAUAUUGGUGGGGAAAACCGGAACUGGAAGAAGUGCAACAGGGAACAGCAUUCUUGGCGAGAAUGUGUUUGUAUCCAAGCUUGGGGCAAUGCCGGUGACCAAAAUCUGCAGCAAAGGGAGCCGGAGCUGGCAUAGAAGAGAGAUUGAAAUCAUUGAUACUCCUGAUAUCUUUAGCCUAGAAGCAUCUCCAGGUCUAAUUUCUCAAGAAAUCAUUCGAUGUUACCUCCUCUCCUCCCCGGGGCCCCAUGUGCUAGUCCUGGUAACCCAGCUAGGUCGCUACACUAAGGAGGACCAGGACACCAUGAAGAAGGUGAAGGAGAUCUUUGGGAAUAAUGUCAUAAAGCACACAGUGGUCAUCUUCACCCGCAAGGAGGAUCUCGGGAGUGGCUCCCUGAAGGAUUACCUCAGAUUCACAGAUAACAAGGCCCUAAAGGAGUUGGUUGCACAGUGUGGGGGCCGGGUCUGUGCCUUCAACAAUCGGGCCACAGGGAGGGAGCAGAAAGAACAAGUGAAGAAACUAAUGGAAAUCGUGGAGAGCUUAGUACAGAAGAACAGGGGCACACAUUACACUAAUGAGGUUUACAGCUUAGUGGAAGAGCUCCAAGAGACCAGUUCAGAGGAGAAGUUCAGAAGAAUUGGGGAGAAACUGGCUAAGUUUAAGGAAGAGAAUAAAAGGUCCCAGCGAUCUGGGGCAGGAGUCUUCCUGAUUCUCAGAGUUUUGAAUGAAUCAAGAAAAUCUCAUCCUAUGCUAUGGAAAUUCAGCAUCACUGUUAUUGGUUUCUUUUUCCUGUGGCUAGUGACCCCCAGAAGUCUUUUUAACAGCUUGUGGGACACCACCAGUCACGAAUAGCUUGCUAUCAUCUUUAAUAGUCAUCAGGAAAAAUUGAUCAAGAACAAUCCCUUCUGAAUAUGAUCAUCUCAUGGCUAUCUAUCAUCUUUUUGUAAGUCUAUCUAAAGCAUAGCAUGAAAAGUUUAAUUCAUGUCUCAUCUGCUUCAAGAAACUUUCCCAGCCAAUGCUGGGAAAUUAAUGCAUUUAAAAAGCAAUGGAUUUAUAGUCAGAUCAUUUAGGUUCAAAAUUUAGUUCUACCCCUCUGAAUUCUGAUACAUCAUUUAAUUUCAAUGCAUUUCAAUUUUCUCAUCUGUCAGUUGAAGAGGUGGGAGGGCUAGAUGAUUUUUAAGGUCCCUCCUAGCUCUAAAUCUAUGAAAUCCCUUUCCUGACUUCCUUUCAUACAUGGAUCUAGUUGCUAUUUUAUACUACUUGGUUUCAUAGGCAUUUGAGCUUCAUAAUCCUCCAUUAAACUCUGCAAGGCUAUAGCUACAAUUGCCCACAUUUAUACAGAACUUAAAUGUUUCUCCACUACUCUUUGAGGCAAGUAAUCAAGUAAUAUAAGUAUAUUAUAUAUAUGCUUUUAGAUGAGGAAAAUAACUUAGAGAAGUCAACUUGCUCCUAGUAACACAGAUGCAAAUGUUAGAGUCAAAUCUUCCCAUUUCAGACAUAGAGUGUUCUUUCUACUUUCCUACACUGCUUCUCCUCUAUUUUUUCACAGAUCCCAGGACAGGGUUAGGUAUAUAGGAGACAGGCAGUAAACACUGGUUGGAUUUCACUAAAGUCUAUCAUUUUUAUAAAGGAAUAUACUAUGUAACCUAAAGUCUCUUAGCUGACCAUUAUCAAAGGAAAUUGAUGAUUAUAAAUACAAAUCCCAUAUAAUUUAUAUUCCUUGAGAGUGAUUUACGCAUCAUGUAAACUUUAGGAUUCUUAUCCCAAUUCUGAUCCCAGUUUCACUAAUGAGUUAUUUCCCCAAAAGUGAGGGUAUCUAUGUCUCUGCCUUAGGAGUGGGAUCUCAAUCCUAAGGUAAUGAAAGAAUGUCUUUCUUUAAUGUUAUUUGCUCAAGCCCCCAUUCUGGUGUCUAACUCAAUUGCCAGUUAUAUUUAUUAUAUCUUUAUUAUUGAUAUCCUUUAGUGAUUGACACUUCAGUAUCAUGUAAUAAAUUACUAGCAGUUAGGUUUUAGGAAGAAAUAUUUGCUGAGAAGAUGUAGCAAGGGCAGAAGUUACAAGGACUUUAUGCCUAAUAACGGGAUACACACUCUUAUAAUAGCUGUAUCCCUGUAGAGAGUGGGUUUAACCCCAAAACAAUUCCUACCAAACAUUUUCAGUACUAAGUUCUCUUAUAAAUGUGGAAGGCAAUGGAAAAAUCAUGGUCAUUCCUUCUUUGCUGUAUUAGAUCAGCUGCUAUAUUAGGCAAGUACAUGUCACUCAGAUCCCUGAUCCCACUUCUUUCAGCUGUCAGCAAAAUGUGGCAUGUAUUCCAGUUUCCAGUGUAAUGCCAGAGAAACUGAGCAAGACAGAAAUUAGAGACCAUUUUAAUAGAUUAUUAAAUGGAGAGAUAUACUGGGACCAAAUGGAUCUUGGUCCCAGGGAUGGACGAGAUUAUCAUGUCAAAAAGUCCAGCGCUUAAGUAUCAGAGGGCAAGCUUUUUUAUAGGAUUAACAAGAACAGUGACAUAAUGAGGGAGGUACCUGGAUGGGGAUAACCUAAUGGCGGGGGGAGGCCCUAGGAUGACACAAUGGAGGGAGGUUACUGAUAUUCUAAGGAUGUCUAAAAUGGAUAAACCUUUAUCCUGUCAAACAUUAAGAAGGAAUGAUUAUAACCUAAAAAUAUAAAAUCUUUGUCUCAUCAACCAUUUAAGAGGGAAUGAUUAUAGCCUGGGGUUUUGGGGCAGAGCAACUGAGGUAGACCUUUAUCUCAUCAAACAUUAAGAGGGAAAAGUUAUAGCCUGAGGCAAAGUAAAUAGGACAAUGAGGAAACUAAGUCAGGACAUCAAAAGGGAAUUGUGGAAUAACACCAGAUGUUUUGUAGCUCCCUUUCCCAGAUUUACAGAGUUCACAAAGUUGCAGCCUACUCUAAAACUCUACCCUUUACUCAAAAGCAAAAAAAGUACUAAAUGGUAAAGAACAUGAGCUCCCUGAUAUCAGAUGGGGAACUAAGUAGUUGCCAGAAGGAGGCCACUGCACCUAUUGCUAUUGCUUCCUUUGGGACUAGCAGAACCAUACACUCUUGGGUUCAUGGGAGCUUUGAAUCAGAGAUGAGAUAAAGGGUCUCUCUUAUCUAGAGGAGGCUGUUGCAACUCAUUGUCUUGUUCACCACCAAGAAAAGCAAAAAGUUGAGUUGUGCCCUUAGCAGUCUUGUAUUUACUCUCAUAUCUACCUCAGCAGACUCAUUUAAUGAAGCAGAAAUAGUAUACCUGGAAAUACGCCAAAGUCAGGUUGUGCUGAGCAUGCUAGACAUGCUCACAAGGACUGAGCUCUCACUGGCAUUCAUCUUCAUGACAAAACCAUCCGUGGUCUUACAUCUUCAGAUAUGUGAAUUAAAAUCCACCUCUUUUCAAGUCCCUUCUACAUGUGUUCUCUUUGUGUAUUCUAUCUUCCUACCGAAGCUGUGUGUGUCUUUUGGAAAGUGCUCCAGGCUUAUGGGCAAUCUUGUGUUUUAUUGAUACUAUUCUUGCAAACCAUUUCAUUAAAGACAUUCACUUUGAAGUAAUUAAAUCAUUUAGAUGACCAUUAAAAAUAAAUUUAUGCUGCUGUUGGUGGAAUCAUGAACUAUAAUUUUAUUAGUAUAAACACACUAAGUACCAGGAAUGUGGAGAUUUGCUGUGAUUUGGAAGGUACUGCCUUGUUGUGCAUCACUUUUCUUGUGAUUAGCUUCAGGGCACCCAGGGACAAAUUCAAUGAUGACUAUAUGUUUCAGUAAAAUGUACAUAUAUGUGUAUGUGUAUUUGUAUAUGUGAACAUAUGUAUGCACAUACUAGAAACUAUGUAUCAUAGGUUUAUAAAGAGAAUUCAAACAUGUGUAAGUGAGUAUUCAUUUUAUUUGAAGUCCCAAAUUUGCUUUUCUUUUCCUUGGGUAGAUGUCAACCUGUGCAUUUAGAAAAACCAUUUACAAAAUGGUCUAUUUUGUAUGUGUACUCUACUUGUUUAUUCACAACAAUGUACAAAAAUUAAAUCUUAGAACAACC